AUGGGUUCAGUGCAUUUGUUCUUGCAGCCAAACAGGAACAAGAAGAUCUUGAACCCUCCUCACAGUAGGAAACCAGGAAGACCCAAGAGCAAGAGGGUAAGAAGUUAUGAUGAACCUCGUGUUGAGAAGACAAAAAGGAGGUGUGGGAAAUGUGGAAAUGUUACUAACCACAACAAAAGAACAUGUGCUGGUGGUGAAGUGGGAUCUAAUCCAACUGCAAAGAGGCAAAGGACUGAAUGUGAUGCACAAAGCUUCACCUUCAGCAACAUAGAGCCAACAAUGAAGACUUCAUCUGAGACCCAUUUAAAACCGUCACAAUCUGUACAAGUGAGGUUUGAUUUUGCAGUGGGCAGUUUUUGAAGCAAUGACCAGAUUCUCCGCAAGCGUAACAACCAUUCUCUACUGGUAAUUUCACCAUCUUGCAUUUGACAGGAUCGAUGGCAUCGUCAAACCAUUCAAAGUACUGACAGGGCCUAAUUUAUAUGAAUGAAGCUGAAUCUGACCGUUACAAAUCCAACCGUUACAAAUCCGAC